CUUAAUUAGGAUUUCGUUUAAAUCCACAAGGUUAAACACUUAUACUUGGAAUGGAUUUAUGUAUAAAUAUUUACUAGUAAAUGCCAUGGAAUCCAUUCGUAGGUCAUGGAAACUGCAAGAAUUCGUCGCCCACAAAGCAAAUGUCAAUUGCUUGGCAAUGGGACACAAAUCGAAUCAAGUCUUAGCAACUGGAGGUGACGAUAAAAAAGUUAAUUUAUGGGCUAUUGGUAGACAGAGCUGCUUGAUGAGUCUAAGUGGUCACACAACUCCUGUAGAAUGUGUUUGUUUUGGACAUUCUGAAGACUUAGUAUGUGCAGGCUCACAAACCGGUGCUUUGAAAAUUUGGGAUUUGGAAGCAGCUAAAUUAUUAAGAACAUUCACGGGACAUAAAGGGGCAAUAAAAUGCAUGGAUUUUCAUCCAUAUGGGGAUUAUCUGACAACUGGGUCAUGUGAUAGCAAUAUAAAAUUAUGGGAUACCAGAAAACGUGGAUGUAUUGUAACAUACUCCAGUCACAGACUUGCUGUUAAUAGCCUACAGUUCAGCCCUGAUGGACAAUGGAUUGCCUCCGCUUGCGAAGAUGGGCUUGUAAAAGUUUGGGAUGUUCGAGUUGGUAAAGUGCUUCAGGAGUUUAUAGAACACACGGCAGCCGUAACAUGUGUAAAAUUUCAUCCUCACGAGUUUCUUCUAGCCAGUUGUGGCACAGACAAGACUGUUAAUUUUUGGGACAUGGAAAAGUUUCAGUUGGUAUCAAAGUUUGAAAAAGAUAAUACAUCUAUCAGACAUAUGGUGUUCAGUGAGGAUGGUGCAACACUUUUAGGAUGUGGUAAUGAUGGGUUACAUGUGGUCGGAUGGGAACCUAUACGGACACUUGACACUGUAAAUUGCCACUGGACUCAAAUCCAUGACGUCACUGUAGCACAAACGCAGCUUAUAGCUGGUUCGUUUCAUUCAACUUACGUAGUAUUAUCAGUUGUUGAUCUCAAUAAAGUAUAUCCAUUUGGUGGUCCCGCUCCUGUGGCACCAUUAGCGGUAAGGGAUCUCUCACCAUUCCAAAAGGGCCAUAGUGUAAGAAAAAGUUUUUCCAAAGAAAAACCCCCUAAGCAAGUGUUACAUAGAUCAACACUUCUAGAUGAAAAGACGGCAGAAGAAUCAACUUCUGGCACAGAAGCAGAUGAGGAUUCAGGUGCUGUUAUAUCCAAUAUUAAUGACUACACUGAAAUUUUCCGUCCUUCUAGAGCAUUAACCCGUACUCCACCUCCGGUAACCAGUUUAUCUUAUGAGGACUUUUCGAUUUCAACGCAAGAAUCGAGAAUAAGAUUGGAAGGAGGUAUAAGUAGUUCGCUACGCGACUUGGCGGUGGAAGAUAGCAGGCCUCCCCCCUCGCCGUCACCGCCACCCUCGCCUCCCGCGCCGCCAUCACCCUCGCCGCCGCACUCGCCCCCACAGCGCCAACGCUCGGAACAUUACUCUCGAAUACCAACAUCCACAGUAUUAGAAAAGAAAGCAGACAUAUUUACAAGGGUGUUGGACAACGCUAAAGAAGAUAACAGAUUCACAGUAACACAAAUAUCUUCCACGAGAGAUUAUGUUGCCAGCCCUCACUCGACCAGCAUACUUAACCGACAUAAUUCAUACAAAGAAACAAAAUCUACGACAAGCUUAUCAAACAGCAACCUACGACAAAGUAAUAGCGAGAUAUCAUUGGGUCCACCGUCAUUGGGACAAAGAUCUCUUUCAUUUACAAGAACAUCCAGUGAUAAUACCAGACGAAGAGUGGACAGCGUCAACCGAGAGCAAGAAAGGGAAUCAGAGCCAGAAUUCGUACCGUUUGCAACAGACAGGCCUGUUGGGCUGGAUCUCGAAGAAUUUUUACCGCGGGGCCUAAGUGGUGCUGGCGGUGGUCUACGACGGGGAGCGAGGGCGCCUACCGCCGCCCCUAGUGACCAGGAGGUGCUGGGCGUCAUGAUGCGCGGCCACGACUCCAUGAUGGCCGUCCUAAUAGCGCGCCAGCGUGCUCUCCAGAUCUUUCAUUCUGUACGAGUCAACAAAAAUUUAAAGUUGGCGUUAGAAUCCAUUAUUGAAUUAGAAGACAAAGCAGUCAUAUUGGAUAUCCUCAAUGUGAUGGCACAUAAACCAUCCCUAUGGAAUCUAGACAUAUGUUUGUUAAUGCUGCCCAAAAUAUAUGAGCUGUUGCAGACUAAAUAUGAGUCAUAUAUGCAAUGCGGAUGUAACGCACUGCGCCUGAUCGUACGCAACUUCUCAUCGGUGGUUCGGGCGAACGUGGGUGCCCCCGUGCGUGCGCUUGGCGUGGACAUCCCACGAGAGGAACGGUAUGCUAAGUGCGCCCAGAUACACCGACUGCUACUCGACAUACGCGCUUUCCUACUCAAGCGACAGACGCUGCAGGGUCGCCUCGGCGCCGCCUUCCGCGACCUCCACACCCUCAUGCAGCAAGGACUAGACUGAACAUUUCCUGACCGUUACCGCAAUCAUCAAUCAUUCAUACAUAAUGAUCAAGAAAAAGAUAACACAUAUGCACAUUUAAAAAUGCCAUGUUUAUUCCCAAUAUUAAUUUACCACAACAGUAUCACAUUCCAUGCAAUUUAAAACAAUAUAGACCCAUGUCUUAUUUCAUUGUGUAAACAUGACUUGAA